CUUUUCCCAUCGUGAACAGCAGACGUCCCCCCACGAAACAUCAUUUUGACACGCAGCGCUCCUCUUUUUUUUUUUUGGUCAUUGCUCGUCUCCAUUGUUUGGGGGAGGUGGGGGACAAGUAAUGCCUCAAGAGCCGCACUGUUGCUCUCCUUUGCGAGCCGAGCCGGAGAUGCUCCCAUAAGCUCCAUGUGCGCAGAGAAAGGUUAGACGCAGUUACCGGAGGGUCGCCACCACAUCACCCACUCUCCUCCCACCUCAUCACUACAUCAGUGGAGACCCGACAGAAAUUUCAUCCACUCCAGGGCGGAGUGAAUUCGAGGAAUCUAUUGAAAAGUGUGCGUGCUGUAAACAUGCGGGACUGUAGUGUUGGCAAGUGUGUUUGAGGACGAGGAGCAGUGCUGACCAGGGUAUGAGUGCAUCCCAGAGGGCGAUCUUUCGGAUGCUGAGUUGAGCUGAACCGGGGGCUGACAGGAGCAUCCGCCAUGGGGCUUGGACAGUCCAGCAAGUCCCCCAACACGGGUACCACAGACGAGGUCAAUUUUGACCACUUCCAGAUCCUGAGGGCAAUAGGAAAAGGAAGCUUUGGAAAGGUGUGCAUUGUGCAGAAGAAAGACACGAAGAAGAUGUACGCCAUGAAGUACAUGAACAAGCUGAAAUGUGUGGAGCGCAACGAAGUCAGGAACGUCUUAAAAGAGCUUCAGAUCAUGCAGAACCUGGAGCACCCAUUCCUGGUCAACAUCUGGUAUUCAUUCCAGGAUGAGGAAGACAUGUUCAUGGUGGUGGACUUGCUCCUGGGAGGAGACCUGCGUUAUCACCUCCAGCAGAACGUCCAUUUCUCUGAGGCCACGGUCAAACUGUACAUCUGCGAACUCGCCUUAGCCCUCGGGUACCUGCGCUCCAAGCACAUCAUACACAGAGACAUCAAGCCUGACAACAUACUACUGGAUGAACAUGGUCACGUCCACCUAACAGACUUCAACAUUGCAGCCAUUGUGAAGGACGACCUAAAGGCGACAUCCAUUGCAGGGACCAAGCCAUACAUGGCUCCUGAGCUCUUUCAGACAUUCGAAGGCUCCCACCCCGGCUACACCUUCUCAGUGGACUGGUGGUCAUUGGGCAUCACGGCUUACGAGCUGCUCCGAGGGCAGAGGCCGUACGUGAUGAGGUCCAGCACACCAGCCAAUGAGAUCCUUCACACCUUCCAUAAGGUCCACCUCAGCUUCCCAGCAGCCUGGUCCACAGAGAUGAAAUCACUUCUUAGAAAGUUGCUGUGCAUAGACGUCCAGAAGCGCAUUUCCUCUCAAGCGGAGCUGCAGGAUCUGGACUGCAUGUCGGACGUCAUCUGGGACACUGUGCUCAGCAAACUGAUUCCCCCAGGCUUUAUUCCCAAUAAAGGGCGACUGAACUGCGAUCCCACGUUUGAGUUGGAGGAGAUGAUCCUCGAAUCCAAACCGCUUCACAAAAAGAAGAAGAGGCUGGCCAGAAAGACCAAGGACCAGGGGUCCGAUGGGUCACCACAGAAUGGUCAGUUGCAGCAACGAUUGGAUAACGUCCAGAGAGACUUCAUCAUCUUCAACCGAGAAAAGUCCAAGAAAGCGGCGGUAGAUUCCGACUCGUCCCAACUGUCCACUAGCGACAAGAACAAAGCAAUAGAGGACGGUCAGAACAACAACGUCCAGCCCGUGCCCUUUUUAUCGGGAUAAGACUUGUGGGCUUUGAGGUCUGUGCUCUUCAUUAUCUCUCCAACAUGUUUGCCGCUUGUAGAUCAGCACCUAGAAAGAACCGAUGUUAGCGGGAUGCUGCGAUGCUUCAAACGACUGCUGGACGAACUUUUAACGGAAAGACAGGAUCGGGAUUUUGGGUCAGGAACUGUGGCCCCCAUCCUUGAAGGUCAUGGACUAGGAUUCGGACUUACUUGUCCAUCUGGUUUUUCUCAGCCCUGAGCUGAAUAAGAAACAAGGCGACACAGCUGCGAUGGCUUAGCUUAAAGGUCAGAUUUGUACAUUUCUCAUUAGCUGCUCGUCACAUUUUCAGGAGCGAGACUCCUAUUGGUUUUCAGAAUAUGCAAAAGAGGAUGUAGCUAAGAUCUGGUCUCGACCCGCCAAACUACACCAUAGCUCUGUAACUCGCAGACAACUUUGUGUCCAUUUUGUCAACAGACUGCAGCGUAACGUCGGUACCUAUGCAGAAGGGUACCAAAAAGUGGUAAAGUUUGGAUAGUUUAGUAGCUUUUACACCUUUUGACACCAAAUACAAAAUGUGUACAGAACAUUACUGUACUGCUUAAAUCCUGUCCAAUAUUCCCAAGGGGGGAAAAGCUUUCAUAAGUCAAACAAAACCUGGGAGUUCAACCUGUCAUGAAAACGAUGAACUUUUGCCGUGAUGCCACCAGUGACUGCAAAUAACACACAUGUGAUGAUAACCAUAGAACAGGAAGUACAACAUACUGAGUCACUUACAAUCACUUUGUUAGUUCCAGCAAUACAGACUGUAGGUGACAAUAUCACUCUUGGAACAUCAACUAGUUUCACUUUGUUUUAGUUUCGUUAUACUGUAGUUACUUGUAUGACAGUUAAGAAUGUUAUUUUAAUAAAUGUUUAUUAUUUCCUUAUGUGGCGCCUUUCCACAGAAUCGGUGCCAUUUGCAUCCCCAGGAAAUAAAAUGUUUAAAUGCACAAUGAAAUUAACAGUAAAUUACAUUCGAUUAAUUUACAUAUUAAAUGAAUACCCUUUAAAGGGGAACAUUAUCACAAUUUCAGAAGGGUUAAAACCAUUCAAAAUCAGUUCCCAGUGGCUUAGUUUAUUUUUCGAAGUUUUUUUCAAAAUUUUACCCAUCACGCAAUAUCCCUAAAAAAAAGCUUCAAAGUGCCUGAUUUUAACCAUCGUUAUAUACACCCGUCCAUUUUGAUAGAACAGCAAGCUAUAGCGACAUUAGCUCGGAUUCAGACUCGGAUUUCAGCGGCUUAAGCGAUUCAACAGAUAACGCAUGUAUUGAAACGGAUGGUUGUAGUGUGGAGGCAGGUAGCGAAAACGAAAUUGAAGAAGAAACUGAAGCUAUUGAGCCAUAUCGGUUUGAACCGCAUGCAAGCGAAACCGACGAAAACGACACGACAGCCAGCGACACGGGAGAAAGCGAGGACAAAUUCGGCGUUCGCCUUCUAACCAACGAUUGGUAUGUGUUUGUUUGGCAUUAAAGGAAACUAACAACUAUGAACUAGGUUUACAGCAUAUGAAAUACAUUUGGCAACAACAUGCACUUUGAGAGUGCAGACAGCCCAUUUCAGACGCGCUAAGAACAUAUAUUUUUCCACGAUUUCAGCACUCAGGUUAACCAUACCUAAAUAGACACAAAAUACUGCAUUACACAAGACUACUCGAAUGUACUCGAAUGAUUGAAAAAAAUAAAUGUUUUUAAGCUAAAUUAUUGGUAAACACAAUUUAUGUAUAAUAAUUUAUGUAAAACCGCGAGUAAUGAAUAAAGUUUUCAUCAAUUAAUAUAUUCUGUAGACAUACCCUCAUCCGCUUUAUUUCCUGAAAGCUGAUCUGUCCAGUUUUGGAGUUGAUGUCAGCAUCUGCUUUGAGUGUCGCAGGAUAUCCACACAUUCUUGCCAUCUCUGUCGUAGCAUAGCUUUCGUCGGUAAAGUGUGCGGAACAAACGACUGAUCAUUUCGUCGGCUUUCCCCACACCCUCGUAUUUUGAACGAAUUACGUCCAAUUUCUUGGCACUUUCACAUCUUUGGGCCACUGGUGCAACUUGAAUCCGUCCCUGUUCGUGUUGUUACACCCUCCGACAACACACCGACGAAAGUGAGAAAAUGGCGGAUUGCUUCCCGAUGUGACGUCAGCGAAUAAUAGAAAGGCGUUUAAUUCGCCAAAAUUCACCCAUUUAGAGUUCGGAAAUCGGUUAAAAAAAUAUAUGGUCUUUUUUCUGCAACAUCAAGGUAUAUAUUGACGCUUACAUAGGUCUGGUGAUAAUGUUCCCCUUUAAGAACUUAACUUGAACUACCUUGAACACUGGAAAAAAUAUCAUUUGUUGGCUGUGCCUGCUUCUGAAAAGUAGAAUUUACUGAGAAAUAUAAUUAAAUAUUAUAAGUUUUUUUUUACAUAAUGUUACUUCAACAGAAAACACUUGGCUCUCCAAGCAUCACCAUAAUGGCCAACUUUAAAAUGCAGCAGCGUAGUAGGCCUACGUAUUCAUUAAAAACAAGGCAGAGGUUUUUAUUCAACGAGUAUAUUUAAAAUAUUUGGCCCCUGUAACAUUACGCACAGUUUGAACAGUAACACUGACUUCUCUAACACAUUCAUGUUAGAGUAAUCUUGACUUUUCCAAAAGUACGUUUUUACUCACUUAUUUUUCUGCAUGUUCGAUGAUAUUU